UGCAGUACAAGGCCUCGGCUCUCGGCAGACUCCUCAUUGCUGCUUCUGCUAGUGAAAAGAGAGAUUCUUCAGCGCUGCUCCUGAAAGAGAUAAGAAAUACGAUGGCAACAAUGGUCAGAGGCGCCAGGAUGCCUGCUGCUGCACGGUCGUCGGCGGUGGGGAGGAACAAGAAGCUCCGGAAGCCGUACACGAUCACGAGGCCGCGGGAGAGGUGGACCGACGAGGAGCACGAACGGUUCCUCCACGCGCUGCACAUAUUCGGCCGUGACUGGAAGAGCAUCGAGGCCUUGGUGGCGACCAAGACGAGCGUGCAGAUCCGCAGCCACGCGCAGAAGCACUUCCUCAAGGCCCAGAAGCUCGGCCUCGGGGCGUGCCUGCCGCCGCCGCUUCACCCUCGCCGGGCCGCGGCCCUCCGCCAGCAGCCGCCGGCCCACAGCCACCCCGACGCCGACAUGCUGGUGCCGAGCGUGGACUGGGCAUGCGCCCCGCCUGAAUCCCGCUGGCCGGACCUCGACGCGCCUGGCGCACGAGAGUGGCCGUCCGCCGGUGCCCUGCACCUGCAGGACGAAACCGUUGAGCUCCCACUGUCUCCCCACGACCUGCGCUUCGCUCUGGUCUACCGGUUCGUCGGCGACGUCUUCGCCUCCCACGCGGCUGUCCCGGUCGAUGCGCAACUCCAGAGGCUUCAGCUGCAGGGCGUCGACCCCGUCGUGGUGGACACGGUGAGCACUUCACAUGCACAUUGCCAUAGUCUAUCAUCACCUCGCUGGCCCAACGUGUCCCAUCUCCUCUAACUUAUCCUUUCUCGUGCCUAUAUUGAGCAGAUCUUGGUGGUGCUAAGGAAUCUGGAAGCGAACCUGUGUGCCUAGGACUCUGCGAACGUCAUGGUUUCUUUCUUCAUCGACAGAGAAUUCGGAGCACGUUCGGUCACAUGGAUGGACGGACAGUUUUAGUUUCUUGGAGUUGGUUAAUUUUGUGCAGAAAACUAAUUGAUGUGUAGAAAGAGAAACAUGUUCAUGUGAAAAAAGAGUUAGUUUGGAUUAGUCUUAUUCACUCGCUUAGGCUAUGUACGGUGUUUGAUACGAUAUGUUUUCUUAUUCAUACGGUUUAAAUCAGACUUCACUCUA